AUGUCAAGCCUUACCAUCAUUCAAAAGGCUCUUUUGGAACUUAACAAUUUUGCCAAAAAGUCAGACGAAGGGCAACAGGAAAUGUUGAACGUGUUGCAGGAACAGCAACGCAAGUCGGACGAGCAUCAGCAGGUGAUGUUAAACGUGUUGCGCGAGUUGUUGGAGGAAAUCAAUGGUGGAACAACCUCCAUCACCUCUCUUCCAUACAAGAGUCAUCCAAGUGGGUGCUGGUGGAAGCUUUUUGCUAUUGAUGGACAGGUCUAUGCCUUGGAAAAGGGUCAGGAUUUUCGUCUCGGAAUGGAUAUGUCAAGUUCCUCCAGGAGGAAUCCAUAA